AUGCAGCAAGACCGCCACGGAUCAGCUGGCUCUUCGAGUUCGAAUGUCGAUGCCCAAUCACAACCAUUGUCCUCCAGCAGGUCUUGCAACACACCUGGCUAUACCGGAGAAUUCUGUGAAUUCCCUAUCUGCUAUGAGACCAACCCAAAACUUCCCUACAUACCGGAUGAUGAGACGGUGGCUCUCGAUGCUGCAACUCUGGCCAAUUGCACUCAAAACUAUGUGAUUUUCGUGGAUGAGACAAUGUUCGACAUCACUAUCGACCUUGAAAUGGACACUCCUCUCAAUCCGAUUUUCACCCUUCAAGGGGAAAAUGGUUAG